AUGGCAUCUCCAGCAAUCACCUCACAGUCUACUCUCCUUCUUCAAAAACAGCUUAAAGAACUGUCAAAGCAUCCCGUAGAAGGGUUUUCGGCAGGACUUGUUGACAAUGAUAACAUUUAUGAGUGGGAAAUCAUGAUCAUUGGACCACAGGACACUUUAUAUGAGGGUGGAUUUUUCAGAGCAAGAAUGUCGUUUCCAAAGGCAAGUAUCACUUUAGACUAUCCAUUGAUGCCUCCAAAGCUGAAAUUCAUGUCUGAUAUGUGGCAUCCUAAUGUUUAUCCUGACGGUGAAGUUUGCAUUUCAAUUUUGCAUCCCCCUGGCGAAGAUAAAUAUGGCUACGAGGACGCGGGUGAAAGAUGGAUGCCAGUGCAUACAGUUGAAACUAUUUUGUUGAGUGUUAUCUCAAUGCUUUCAACUCCUAAUGAUGAAUCUCCCGCAAACAUUGAAGCUGCUAAAGAAUGGCGUGAAGAUUAUCCGACAUUCAAGAAAAAGAUCCAACGUAUAGUUCGAAGAUCGGCCGAUAUGUUAUAG